AUGGACAGCACAAAAGGAAAUAACCAAACUCCCUCCAGCCCUACGCGACGAAGAGGCUCUGGACCGAGCUUUGAUGGUCUCAUGAACCAGAAGCGCAACAGCGAUAGCAACUCUAUGGCCAGACGAGCUAGUCUCCAUGACCAGAAGCCCCAGUCAGGCUUCCUCGGACAGAUGUGGCACUCCUUCACGCGUGGUCCCCACAGCCCUACGAAAUAA